AUGGGGAGUGAACUUAAUUGCUUUUACAGCCACCUGGACCGAAAGAGCAUGCUUACCCUUGAGCGUCAAAGUAAAACCUGUGUGACCCCAGUGGCCGGACCCCCGGAGGGAGGCACCCGGGUGACCAUCCACGGCACAAACCUCGGCCUGGCCUUUUCAGACAUGGUGGGAAACGUGGAGGUGGCAGGGGUGAGGUGUACUCCUGUGGAGGAAGGUUACAUCAUCGCUGAACAGAUCGUGUGUGAGAUGGACACGGCUCCCGCAGAGAGUCGCCCCGGUUCGGUCCAGCUGUGUGUUGGAGAGUGUCGCCCAGAGCUCAGGGCUCGUUCCACGCAGCUCUACUCCUUUGUGACUCCCUCAGUCACAGGUCUCUCCCCCAGCCGUGGUCCAGAGUCCGGAGGCACCAAAGUGACCAUAAUAGGAGAAAACCUGGGCGCCGGCAGCAGCGUCAACGUUCAGUUUGGAAACCAAACGUGCGAGUUCUUCGGACGGACCGUGUCGGAGAUAGUUUGCUACUCAGCCCCUUCGCUGUCUGGUGUGGGCCCGGUGCAGAUCAGCGUGAGCGUGGACCAUGCUCAAAUCAGAGAGAGCCUCACCUUCGAGUACAUAGAAGACCCGACCGUCCAGCGCAUCGAACCAGACUGGAGCAUCGCAAGUGGCAACACCCCUCUCAUGGUCACAGGAACCAAUCUGGACGUGGUCCAGGAGCCGAGGAUGCGCGUCAAAUACGCCGGCCGAGAGUCCGUGAAU